UGUUCAUCACGGGCAUCAGCACGGAGCUGCUGAAGGACCUGUCCAGGCGCUUCCCGCUGGGCUGUGCCAAGCUGCUAAACCUGGUGAGUCGCGACGUGUUGGAGCAGCUGGUGACGCUGCAGGUGGCCGCCAAGCUGCUGCUGCGGAAGGACCAGCUGGUCAAGUGCAGCACCGUGCGCAACCACUUCACGUGGCGCGCGCCGGAGAUGCAGCACCUGGCGGACGAGAAGGGCUUUUCGGAGCGAGUUGUGGACGCACUGGUGGACUACGGCAUUCCCUUCGAGUGCACCUACAAGGCGGCAUUCGACGGCAACGCCACGCGGGAGGACUUCGCGGCGCUGAUCGAGGAAAAGUUCACGGGCGAUGAGAUCCGGGUGCUCAUCUCCAAUGACAUCAAGCUGCCGGCGGUGGUGGACAUUAUCCGCGUGUGCAAGUAUCCUCCCUCUGAAGUGGAGGCGGACAACUUCAAGGCGGACUCCAUGACGGACCUCAUUCGCGACAUGAUAAAAGAGAAGCUGAGCUUCCGAAUUGUGGAGGCGAUCCAGGAAGCACGCACCAUGAACGAGGCAACCACCUACAUCAACUUCCGACCCGGCAACCUGCUCUACAACAACUACAAGAAGGAGCUCUACUACCCCUGCUACACAAAACACUUCAUUCAGUUGCUGCUGACCAACUGGCGCAAGGGCGUCAAGAGCGGCAGCACCUGGACGCAACGUCCCUGGGACAAGAAGUUCAUCGACACCAUCUUCGCGCCCAACGACCCGCUGUGUACGGCACUCAAGAGCGCGUACGACAACAAGCUGAAGGACACGCAGGUGUACAUUGACAAGCAGCAGGAGGUGGAUAGCUGGGCGCGGAAGCAGCGGCAGGACCAGAAGCUG